AUAGCUUAGUUCACACAAAUAAGAAUAAGAACAAACUUCCCAAACUAGGGUUUCCUUCUCCAAAUCGAAUUCAAUCAAUCGAAUUUGAACCCUAAUCAUGCCGAAGAACAAGGGAAAGGGAGGAAAGAAUCGCAAGAGAGGAAAGAACGAAGCCGACGACGAGAAGCGCGAGCUCGUUUUCAAGGAAGACGGCCAAGAAUACGCCCAAGUCCUCCGCAUGUUAGGUAACGGAAGAUGCGAAGCCAUGUGCAUCGACGGCACAAAGCGUCUCUGUCACAUCCGCGGGAAGAUGCACAAGAAGGUCUGGAUUGCCGCCGGCGAUAUCAUACUCGUCGGACUCCGUGAUUACCAGGACGAUAAGGCGGAUGUGAUUCUGAAAUACAUGCCGGAUGAGGCCAGGCUGUUGAAGGCGUACGGUGAGCUUCCUGAUAAUACUAGGUUGAAUGAAGGGAUUGGGGCUGGGCUUGAUGAGGAAGAUGAUGGUGAUGCUAAUGAUUAUAUUGAGUUUGAGGAUGAGGAUAUUGAUAAGAUUUGAAGAAAAAAAAUGUUUUUUUAUGUUUGUUUGAAGUUAAAAAGAUGGAUUUUAAUUAUUAUAUGAUGAUGAUAUGUAAUGUUUGGGGUUUUAUGUUGUACUGUAUUAUGGGAUAUCAGUGAUGUUGAUAUCAUGAAUUUCAAUUUCAAUGCACAAGAAUAAUUAUUAGUUUA